UCCGCACCAAUGGAAACCAAAGCGAACACUUGUUUCGAGUAAACUUUCCCGUUCUGGGAAUCUCCACUCACUUUCCCAGGAAAGUAAAGCAGAAACACCGACUUAAAAGUGUUUUUUUGGGAUUCUUCAUCUUCUCUUUUACUCUCUGCAAGUUUCCGAAACUUGUUCGAAAAAGGACAAACCCAAGAAAUCUGCUCAGCUUAUUUCGAACAUCUGAUCUGUCUGUUAAAGGCAGAAGAUUUUGUUAGGAGGAACCCAUGGGGUAUGGAAACUCGAGAUCUGUAAGAUUCCAAGAAGAUCUUGAACUAGCAAAAGGUCCUGUUGUUAAUGGAGAAUCUGCAGUUAAGCUCAAAUACAAAAUCGACGGAACUCAAAUCUCAGCAUCUUCCUCUAGAAAGAACAUCAAUAUGAGUCCUGGGAAGAAGUCAUUGAAAGCUAAAGUGCUCUCUAGAGUGUUCUCUGAGGAUCUCGAGAGAGUGAAGAGCACAAUCCUUGACCCUCGUGGACCGACCAUACGGAGGUGGAACAAGAUCUUUCUAGUAGCAUGCUUGGUUUCUCUUUUCGUCGACCCUCUGUUUUUUUUCUUGCCGGUCAUGAGAAAUGAAGCUUGUAUUACCAUUGGAAACCACCUUGAAGUGAUGCUCACCUUGAUUAGAUCAUUUGCCGAUGCUUUUUACAUUGCUCAGAUUCUGAUUCGUUUUAGAACAGCCUAUGUUGCACCUCCUUCUCGUGUUUUCGGAAGAGGAGAACUCGUCAUUGAUUCCACCAAGAUUGCUUUCAGAUAUCUCCAAAAGAGUUUCUGGAUUCAUCUUAUCGCGGCCCUGCCUCUACCUCAGGUGCUGAUUUGGAUAGUUAUACCUAAUCUAAGAGGCUCCACGAUGACAAACACGAAGAACGUACUCAGAUUCAUCAUCAUUUUCCAGUACAUUCCGAGGAUGUUCCUUAUAUUCCCUCUCUCUCGUCAGAUUAUCAAAGCCACUGGUGUUGUAACAGAGACAGCUUGGGCAGGAGCUGCUUACAACCUCAUGCUCUACAUGCUUGCAAGCCAUGUUUUAGGCGCUUGUUGGUAUUUGCUUUCAAUCGAGAGGCAAGAGGCUUGUUGGAGACACGCUUGCAACAUCGAGAAACCGAUUUGUCAGUACAGAUUCUUCGACUGCAGAAGACUGGAAUACCCUCAAAGAGGUUCCUGGUUCAAAUGGAGCAACAUAACCAAGUUAUGUGACCCAAGCAGUGGCUUUUAUGAGUUUGGUAUAUAUGGUGAUGCUAUCACUUCAAGUGUUACUUCUGCACAUUUCUUCAACAAGUACUUCUACUGUCUUUGGUGGGGAUUGAAGAAUCUCAGUUCUUUAGGGCAAAAUCUCUCCACGAGCACUUACGCUGGAGAAAUCCUCUUCGCUAUCAUCAUUGCCACUCUUGGUCUUGUCCUCUUUGCAUUGCUUAUCGGAAAUAUGCAGACGUACUUACAGUCCACGACUGUGAGACUUGAAGAGUGGAGGAUAAAGAGGACUGAUACAGAACAAUGGAUGCGGCAUAGGCAGCUUCCUCAGGAGCUGAGGCAAGCCAUAAGAAAAUAUGAUCAAUACAAAUGGGUUGCUACCCGAGGAGUCGAUGAAGAAGCAUUAUUGAAAGGCCUUCCUCUUGACCUUAGAAGAGACAUCAAACGCCAUCUCUGCUUUGAUCUUGUCCGCCGAGUCCCCUUGUUUGAUCAAAUGGACGAAAGAAUGCUGGAUGCAAUCUGCGAGAGGCUGAAACCUGCGUUAUGCACCGAGGGCACGUUGCUGAUGCGAGAAGGAGACCCAGUAAACGAAAUGCUGUUCAUAAUCCGAGGCCAUUUAGAUUCAUACACCACAAACGGAGGUAGGACCGGUUUCUUCAACUCUUGCCGGAUAGGACCUGGUGACUUCUGUGGAGAAGAACUGCUCACAUGGGCACUGGACCCUCGUCCAAUAGUGGUGUUACCUUCAUCCACACGCACGGUCAAAGCCAUAUCCGAAGUCGAAGCCUUCGCCCUCAGAGCAGAAGAUCUGAAAUUUGUGGCCUCACAGUUCAGGAGACUCCACAGCAAGCAACUAAGGCACAAGUUCCGGUUUUAUUCUCAUCAAUGGAGGACAUGGGCUGCUUGUUUCAUACAGGCAGCUUUCCGGCGGUACAAGAAGAGGAAAUUCGCUUCUGGGCUAAGGCCUAAAGAAGAGUUCCAUGGAGAAAACAGCUUCAAACCCUCAAAUGCCUAUAUUGCAAGGUUUGUGGCCAAUGGCCGGAAAUUCACACGCAGUGAAUCAGAUUCUAGUAUGGCUUCUUCGAUACAGAAACCGGUAGAUCCGGAUUUUUCAGUCAGUGAAUAUUGAUAGUGGGCUUAAUUGGUUUAUCUACUCUGAAAAGGUGUGUAGCGUAAUGGGGCCUCUGCUUCUGUAUAUUUUGGUUCUUGAUUUGUCAGUUUGAGUAACUUGCUUGUGAAGUUAGGGUUUAUCGGUUUUA